CUCCCGCGCAACUUUUGCUCUGUAUUACGUAGUCACUUUCGAUUUUCAUCGAUGGCACCACCAGUACUGCAUUCCAUUGACACGUGCCCAGCAUGUGACCAUGUGACACUGGAUCGUAAACAUUCCCCUUCUCUUAUCUGGAUGACUGUCUGCUCUAAUCAGAUUAUGAUAUCGCGAUAGUGGCUGCUCGAGUGCGAUGACAACGGUUGUGGGUUGUAUUCACAAAAAAUAAUGCGGAAGAAAUUUAAACCUGUCUGCCAAAACUACCGGAACCGUUUUAUCGCUGACCAAUAAUGGAUCCUGAUGAGAUAGUUUACAACGAAUUUUAUCAUACUUUAAGGAAUGAAUAUAGAAAGAAAUAUGACCUUGCGUUAUCCAAAUGUUGGAACAUCUGUGUGCCUGCUGGUAACUCAUUGCGGGGCUUGCCGAUAACGGAUGAAUUUGUCGAUGAUCACAUUCUAAAAGCACAUCCUGAAAUACCGCACCAUUUCACUUCAAUCGGAGCAGGGAAUUCUUGUUUAUACAAAUUUGAAAAUACAUCGCUGAAGCUAAUAGAGGAAAAUGAGCCAACGAAAGUCAAUAGUCAGCACAAGAUCAGAAUAGUAUCCAUUGAGAAAGGAUACAACAAGGAAUUUCAAAUAUAUAUGAUACUGGUUCUGGAAAAGCCGAUUCACCCAAAAUAUAUGUCGCCGAAUAGUCGGAUGAAAGAAGAAGUGAAAUUAAAUUGUAGCGUUGUCUCGUAUAAGGAUGCAAGAAGCUUCCUUGAUCAGUUGCCGGGGCAGGGGAAUACUCCGCUUGACAAACUGAAGUCUACGUUGAGGCAAAUUGAUUUGGACGAUUUCAAUUCAUCCGAGGAACUCAGUUCAACCCUACAAGAUCUCACUCGUCGUUACUGGGCAAUAAUCAUGCGCAAACAGAGUCUUUGCUUGCAGCGAGAUGCUCGAUUUCAGAAGCUACUCACUACCUCCUUGGAAGUAUUCAUAAUGCACUUUAUGUACGAUAAAAUAUACUAUCUCCUCGCCAGCGCGCUGGAGCAGGAAGAUAUGUAUCUCAAUAAGAAACUAAUUGAAUUCGUCGAUGCUGGUAUUACACCUGAUCAACUAGGGGCUGACGAGUCGUUAGCCAUUUCACUACCCGCCGCCAUAGUCGAACUCGCAACGCUGGACGCACGAGAAGGUCCGCUGGAGAAAUCGCUCUGCUUGAGAAGCACCCUGGACCUGAUUGUCGCCGAGAUUAAGGCAGCAAUUGCCGAAGUACAAACAAAGACUGACAACGACGAAACUACGGUUUCGUCCUUCCUUUAUACUCAAUCCACAGACGAGCUGAUUCCACUGCUCAUAUACGUAAUUGUAAGAUCUCGUCCUAAGCGACUCGUAACUGAUUUACACUACAUACAAAAUUUUCUUUGGUCCGCAUCGCCACGUGACGGACUUUCCGAUAGUUUAAGUACCUUUGAGGCGGCGGUUGGUAUCUUGUUUCACUUAGAAGUACUCAACUUGCCAGACAGAAGUCGCAAAGUAAAAACGGAGUUACCCAUCGGUGAACUCCUCGAUGUUAUAGCUAGAUCUGACGAAGAUUUCACUCCUUUAGACAGACAAAUACACCAGUUGGCUACCAUGUUAGAAAAGUGUACACAGAAUUGAAUCAUUCUGUAUUGAUUGAUUUCUCUUUUAUACACGGACUUGUGACAAUGACAAUGACAAUGGAAUACAACGACUUGCUACGUUAUUAAAC